AUCCACUUGCUUCUUGCCCGCUAGUGUUUGUCAGUGCGCGCGUGAAGAGCGGUUUAUUAUUCCUGGCGCUGUUUACCUAUUCAAUAUGUAUUUUUAGCUGAACAUUUCUAGCAAAACUGUUUAUUAUCAUUUCGUGUCAAUAGUGUAAGGCAUUGUCAAUGGUUCGCAAGUUAAACUUUAUUCCGUUGUCGUUUUAUUUAUUUGUGUAAUGUUAUUUAAUUAAACAACAAGAAGACACUGAACGCGGAACUGCAGAGGUAGCGCCUCCACGGAUAAGGAUUUUGCGAUGCCAUCUGUGGAUAGAAGUCCGAGUAUGGGCACAGGCUCGGGGGCUGCGGACUCGGCAUUGCCAGAAGAAAUGCAGCCACCCAAACCUCCAGGGCAACAUGCUGUAACCGUAUUGUGGUCCUUUGGAAAGUUCCUGGCUACACUUUUACCAGUUUAUCUGGCCGGAUACUUCGGGUUCAGUAUCAGCUUGGUUCUAUUCGGUCUCAUGGUCUACAUCGGAUGGAAACACAGCAGAAACGAGAAAGUAAUGCGUCUGCGGUCAGCUAUGUUCGUAUUGGAGAAUGAGAGAGCAUACACCACUGCGAGGGCUUUUAUGAGUAAACAGGAAUUACCCCCAUGGGUCAACUUCCCUGACGUGGAGAAGGUUGAGUGGAUGAAUCAGAUCCUGCAGCAGGCGUGGCCAUUCGUGGGUCAGUAUCUGGAGAAGUUGCUGGUCGAGACCAUUACUCCAGCCAUACGUGCAUCCAACACCCACCUGCAGAGCCUCAGCUUCACCACAGUCAACCUUGGGGAGAAGGCCAUGAAGGUGGUGGGAGUGAAGGCUCACACGGAGCACGAUAAGCGGCAGGUCUUACUGGACCUAUACAUUAGCUAUGCAGGUGAUGUGGAGAUCAAUGUGGAAAUCAAAAAGUACUUUUGCAAAGCAGGAGUGAAGGGAAUACAGCUACAUGGGAAGUUAAGGGUGAUCCUGGAGCCCCUGAUUGGGGAUGUGCCUCUGGUGGGAGCCAUCACCAUGUUCUUCAUCCGCAGACCUAAGCUGGACAUCAACUGGACGGGGCUGACCAACAUGCUGGAUAUCCCUGGACUCAAUGCCAUGUCGGACACUAUGAUAAUGGAUGCCAUAUCCUCAUACCUGGUCCUCCCCAAUCGCCUCACUAUCCCCCUGGUGGCCGACCUGCACGUUGCGCAGCUCCGCUCCCCUCUCCCACGGGGAGUGGUGCGUAUCCACCUGUUGGAAGCUGAGGAGCUGACAGCCAAGGACACGGUCAUUAAGGGGAUAAUAGACGGGAAGUCUGACCCGUACGCUGUGCUGCGUGUGGGCACACAGACCUUCACAUCACACACCGUGGACAGCAACCUCAACCCACAGUGGAGAGAGAUGUUUGAGGUGAUUGUCCAUGAAGUGCCUGGUCAGGAGUUGGAGGUGGAGGUGUUUGAUAAAGACCAGAACCAGGAUGACUUCCUGGGCAGGGUCAAAAUGGAUCUAGAUGUCGUACACAAGGCCAGAGUUGUAGAUGAGUGGUUGAAGCUGAAGGAUGUGACAUCAGGCAGUGUUCACCUCCGUCUGGAGUGGCUCUCUCUGCUGUCCUCUGCUGACCGACUCAGUGAGGUUAUCCAGAGGAACCAGAAUAUGACCUGUAAGACUGGAGACCCUCCCUCUGCAGCCAUCCUGUCUGUCUACCUGGACCGUGCUCAGGACCUGCCUAGGAAGAAGGGCAAUAAGGACCCCAGCCCCAUGGUGCAGCUGUCGGUACAGAACACAACCAAGGAGAGUAGGAUCUGUUAUCUGACCUCUGACCCUGUGUGGGAAGAUGCCUUCACCUUCUAUAUCCAGGACCCUCGCAAACAGGAACUUGAUAUUCAUGUGAAGGAUGAUGACCGGGCUCUGUCUCUGGGCAGUCUGUCCAUCCCGCUGACCCGUCUGCUGGCUAGUCCUGACCUCAGCAUGGAUCAGUGGUUCCAGCUGGACAACUCUGGCCGCAUCUAUAUCAAUGCUGUUCUGAGGGUUCUGCAUUUAAAUGAGGAUGCCUCUCUUACCAGUUCCGUAUCUCCUCACCUCCCAAGCCCAGGGGCAGGCCACGGAGACGGGGGUACCACGUCAGAGGUAGCCAUCGGGGGAGUGGGUAGAGCCCCCAAACCUGAACCCACACGACCCCAACAGACCACCCCUGACUCGGACUUCGCUAGUGAGGGAGUGCUGCGUAUCCACCUGGCGGAGGCCAGUAACCUGAUAGCCAAGGAUAACUUCAUAGGGGGCAUGGUGAAGGGGAAGAGUGACCCCUACGUCAAGAUCAGGGUGGCAGGAGUCACCUUCCGCAGCCACACCAUCAAAGAGAACCUGAACCCCUCCUGGAACGAACUCUACGAGAUCAUCUUAACCCAGCUGCCUGGUCAGGAGAUCCAGUUUGAGCUGUUUGAUAAAGAUCUGGACCAGGAUGACUUCUUGGGGAGGUUCAAGUUAAACUUGCAAGACAUCAUCAGCCCACAGUUCACUGAUGAGUGGUACACUUUAAAUGAUGUGAAGUCAGGUCGGCUUCACCUGGUCAUGGAGUGGCUCCCCACGGUCUCAGAGUCUGCCAGACUAAAUCAGAUCCUGCAGUACCAGGCCCAGCAGCAGUACCAGAACAAGGCAGUGCCGUCGGCUGCUGUGUUGUUUGUGUACCUGGAGAGAGCCCACGGCCUGCCGUUGAAGAAGGAUGGAAAGGAGCCAAAAGUCGGGGCAGAGAUUUCGCUGAGGGCCAUGUCAUACAAAACCAAGGUGUGUGAGUGCUCUACGUCUCCUCGGUGGGAUGAAGCUUUCCACUUCCUGGUUCGUGACCCUACAGAGGAACUCCUUAUAGUGAAGCUGUCCCACAGCUGUGGCCAGGCCAUGGGCACGGUGGUGUUGCCCCUGAGAGAGGUGCUGUCAGAGCAGGGCCUGGUGCUGGACCGAUGGCUGAGUCUGGACGGGGCCCUCCCAGAGAGCCAGAUUCUACUGAGGGCCACACUCAAGAUGUUGAACACCCAGCUGGCAGUGUGUCCUAGUGGUGUGUCCAGUGAUACUACUGGGGAGGGCAGUGAGGAGAGAGACCAUGUCAUCCACAGACGGGACACUGAACCAAACCUGCGACACAGAUCACCGCUCUCUCAAUUAGGUGGUCAGAGCCCUGGCCAGGUGAAGCUGCAAAUUGGCUACUCAACAGAGGAGAACAGGCUGUACAUCACCGUCCUCUCCUGCAGGGGCCUGCCAGCUUGUGGGUCUGCUAAGGACAGCUCCGACCCAUAUGUCUCCUUUAUCCUUCUGCCGGACAAGAACAGGACCACCAAGAGAAAGACCAUCACCAAGAAGAGAGACCUCAACCCUGAGUUUAACGAGAGGUUUGACUUUGACUUCACUCUGGAGGAGUGCAUGCAGAAAAGACUUGACCUGACUGUCAAAAACAACGUAUCCUUCAUGAGCAGGGAGAGAGAGCUCAUAGGAAAGUUACAACUAGAUCUUGACCAGAUAGACCUGCAGAAUGGCGACACACAAUGGUACGAUUUAGUAGAGGAGACGAGAUGAGAGGAUGGCCUCACUUUCCUGCAGUGCAAUGUUACUUUUACUGUUGCUUCUUCUGUAUGGUUUAUUUUAUAUUUUUAUUCAACUAAUGCGCAAUAGGACCACCACUGAAGGUCUUAUAUUUCCUAUCAUCCCAACAAUACCACAAUUUAUCUGUAAAUUGAAUAAUUACAAAUGAUAGAUUUGGUUCCUCUUACGUAAGGAAGAAUUCCUAAAUUCUAGAAUUCCUAAUUCGAGUCUGAAAGAGUGUUCUUUAGACUCUUUUGUCUGAGUAGAUAUUUGAUAUGAAGGCAACUAUGUCGCUCCUAAAGGAAUCGAUCUUGAAAAGCACAAAGUCUUUUAUCAACCCCAUAGUUCAGAAAAUGCAGCAAAAAAUAGUGAACAUUUUAAAACUUCAGGUAUUUUGAGUUUUUCUCAUCACUUCAGUUCUUAUUUACUACAAAAGUAAUUGUUCUCAGAGGGUACUUUCUGACUUUGUUGCAUUGUUUCAUUUGUUUUAUUGCAAAACUAUGUCAACCAUCUUGAGAUAAGUGUUUGAGUGUUAAUUGAGACCAAGGUCCAACAUACUGAGUAACGGGUACCGGUAGAUAUGAUGAUGAGGGUGCUGAAAUGUUACCCUGUAGUUUCACAGCGUUUAUGGGCCAUCAUGGAUGUUUACACUUUUAUUUAAUCAAUCCUUUUGUUACACUGUUUUUCUGUUUCUAAUUUUGCCUUAUAUAUUCCAACACUGGGUAAUUUUGCCUUAUAUAUUCCAACACUGGGUAAUUUUGCCUUAUAUAUUCCAACACUGGGUCAAUUUGCCUUAUAAAUUCCUACACUGUGUCAUUUUGCCAUAUAUAUUCCAACACUGGGUCAUUUUGCCUUAUAUAUUCCAACACUGGGUCAUUUUUGAGAAGAUUGAGAAUGUUAAAGAUCUACUGAUUGUGUUCAUUCUGUUCCAAAUAAAGACGUUUAGUAUGUUUUAUCAGAUUGAUUUAAAAGCUGAUUUUAUAAUUCAGGAAAUGUGUUAUGGAAUGACCCAGACGUCACAUUUGCCACUGAAAACACACUCUAGCUGUACAGUAAUGGACAGUCUGAAGCACUGUGCUUUUAUUUGAUAAAGAACAUAUGUGUAGAAGUUAAAUAUGUAGCUAUAUCACGAAUGUGUAUGUUCACAAUCCAAGACAGCAUUGUGUCAUAUACAGUAUGUUUGUGUGUGAUUGAAUGUAUUUGUAUGUGUUUGUUGUGCCAGUAGUGGCCUGAGUUCUGCAAUAAGUCAGUCAAUCAUUCGUUACAAGUUGUGUGUUACAAAACACAAAGUCUUAGACAAAAUACACCCAAAGGGCCAGUUUCCUAGAUUCCUAGACACAUAUUAAGUCUAGUCCUGGACUAAGAAGCAUGUUCAAUGGAGAUUUAAUGGAGAGUGCUGUUUAGUCCAGGACUGGACUUAAUUUGUGAGUCCUGCUCUGAAAGAAGUGAGCAAAUUUUGUAGCAAGGAAAUGUUCAUCCCCCACUGUCAUCUCACUGCCAAGGCUUGAAACAUGUAUUAAAAUACUUGAAAAUGUUUGUUGGCAAAUAAAUAAAAAAAAGUAGAAAACAUGUUGUAUCAGAGCGAGAGUAGAGAGAGACGUAUAGUGAGAACAGCUCCUGCGCUUUCAGACAUGCAUAACAAUCGCCACGUCUGUGUCGUCGCACUUUCGUUCAACGUUUGCACUUUCAAAAUCCCA